GUUAUGUGAAAAUGGUAUUUUUACAGGAGAGACAUCAUAUAAAGCUUGUUGAGAGUUUUGUAUUUCUGCUGCACGUGUAAAUUUUCUGUCACAAGAAUUUUGUACUUUGUUAGUUACUCGAAUAUUUAAUGACGACAAAUCACAAAUAUUCGCACCAAUGCAAUGCCACAAAUAAUGAACAUUUAUCUAUGGGUAAAAGUAUUCUGACGAAAAUAUUUUAUAUGUGCAGAUUAUGGACUCUUAAAAUAUCCUUAAUUAAAACUUUGUAAGUUUAUUGGAUCUCGAAGACAAACAUACUGGUUCAUUUAUUUUUAAGUUUAUAAAACUAUUAACAAUUAUUUUAAUAAACAUUAUGUUCUGAAUGUGCAGAACAGUGUAAAAUUAUCAGCAUUAGUUAUAAAAAAAAGAUUUUACCUAUAUGUAAACUUUAAAAUCAGAUCUAGAAAAAAUAUGUCAUGUCGGGGUAUCAUUGUGAGAGACUGUUCUUAAUUGAAUAAAAUGUCCAAUUUAGAGAUUUCAAAUAAUAUUAGGUACGGUGAGUGACAGAUAAAGCACACGAAAAAAUUAGAAAUAAACGCAUCACUAUUCAUAACAAUACGUGAAUCUUUAAAUUAAAGAGAUGGCUGAUGGGAACAACAACUCGAGAUUUAAUGACAUUGUCAACAAUCGUAUGCAAAGUAUGGAAAAUGAUGCGAGUUCACAAAUCUUUUCAGUUUCAUCGCGGACUCCAAAGAGAGAUGUUCAAACACUGAUCAAAGAAGCCUCAAAGAUAAGGUCGAUACAGUAUAUAAAGUCCAAUUUAGUAUACGCAAUUUAAAGUUUUGUAUUACAAAUUAGACAAAAAGUGUAUUGAAAAUUUUUAAAAUGAAUCAACUUUCAAAGGCUGUUGUACGACAAACUAUUCUCUCGCUGUGCGUAUCACUUGGAUACUUUGGUAUUGGCCUCGUUCGUGGCUUCUCAGCACCAGCUAUUCCGUCCAUUAGAGACACGUUUCCUGAACUCUUACCGGGAGUCCAUAUUGAGACAUGGGUAAGCUCAGUGCCGCCCCUUGGAGCUUUCUUUGGAAGCUUAGUUACAGCCGUGCUCAUGCAUCGUAUGGGACGUAAAUUCUCUGUUUUGCUUGCGGCACCAAUCUGGGUUGUUUCCUGGGCAUUUAUUGCUCUCUCACAGCGCUGGGAAAUCAUCAUGACGGGGAGAAUAUUGUCUGGAAUCUCAGUCGGAGUAACCCUUCCAUCAGCGCAGAUCUACGUCAGUGAGUGCAGUGAUCCGAAAAUUCGAGGAGUUCUUGCAUCUUUUCCAUCAAUCGCUAUGUCUCUUGGCAUAGUAUUUUCCUAUGUCAUUGGUAGUUUCUUGACAUGGCGUCAACAAGCCUGGUUUGGAUGUGGGGUAGCUGUGAUACAAUUUUUGGCUAUUGUAUUCCUCCCAGAAUCUCCAGUUUGGCUUAAGUCAAAGAAAAAAAUUCCUGAAGCUGACAAUGCGGCAGAAUGGUUGGCUCUAAGUGGCUUUACUACAGACGCAGACCAGGCAAAUCAAGUGAAGGCUUACAAGUCCUAUUCCAUAAGGGCACUUUGCCGACGUACUGUCCUACUUCCUCUAGCUGUGGGUCUGGUACUUUUAGUGAUUCAACAACUAAGUGGAAUCGAUGCUGUGAUCUUUUUUACCGUUGAGAUUUUCCGAAGUGCUGGGAGUUCUAUCAAUGGAAAUAUUGCCACUAUAAUUGUAGGUUUAGUCCAAUUGCUGAGCAAUUUUGCAUCACUCAUUGUUGUGGAUCGUUUUGGACGUAAACCAUUGCUGAUCGUCUCGGGAGCUUUAAUGUCGAUGUCUAUGACUUCAAUGGGAUUUGCCUUCAACUUAACUGACCAUGGAAAUCACAACUAUGGAUUUUUGCCUUUAGUCAGUCUAAUUGUUUUUAUGAUUGGCUUUUCAGUGGGUUUUGGAUGUAUACCAUUUCUUCUCAUGGGUGAAAUCUUUCCCACCAAACAGCGCAGUAUUCUCAGCUCUUUUGCAGGAUCUUUCAAUUUGCUAAUCAUGUUCUUGGUGAUUUUCACUUAUCAUCCUCUUCAACAUGCCAUAACAACUGCUGGCACAUUUUGGGCAUAUGCUAUCAUGUGCCUAUGUGGCGUUAUCUUUGUGAUAUUUUUUGUUCCAGAGACAAAGGGACGCGAUCUCGAGAGUAUUACAUUGCUCUUUCAGAAGAAAUCACACUCAAGGAAAGUUUCCACGAUGUCAUCCGGAAUUGAUGAAAAAUGUGGUGUGGAUAAUCUCGCCAUGACAGUUACCGCCAGUGACGUAAAUCUUGCGUCGCGUUCCGAUGGAAUGAUACCAGUUAAUAAAACUUAACACACUGCACAAAUAUUCUUCAUACAUAAAAAGAUCAAUAAAAAGUGCAAAAGAAAACUUUAACAAUAGGAUACACUCAGUUAAUUAGCAUACUUACUCAAAAUCACAUAAUAAUUUGUAAAGUUAUUGUGCUAAAAAGUGCAAAUCUCCAACUCUUCCCCGAUGCCUCUGGCGAUAUGUGAAAACUAGUGAAAAUCAGUUUCUUACCGUCUCAUUGAGUCAUAGUCAAAAACUCAAAUUAUCAAUUAUACCAAAUUAAAGAUCUUAGUAUUUUGUUUGUUAAUUAGAUGCGAUAAAUAAUGAUUAGACAUAGUCAAUUUUCAUAUAUUUGCUCUAUAGUGUGAUCUAAGUUUUUGGGAUCAUCCAGUCAACGGUCAUCGGACUUGUGACUAAAUUCCAUACCUGACUGGAUGAAUGAAAUAAGAAUUUGUACGCAUAUACACAAUUUUAUAUUCAAAAUAUAAGGUAAUUAAUAUAUUUUUUUAAACAAAAGUCACCUGAGUAUUAGAAUUAUUAACGCUUUUUUUUGUGGAGGGAAUACUCUCCUGGACACAUCAUCAGUAUUUCGACCGUCUUCUAAAAAUUUAUUUAGUCUAAAUAAAAUUAGCAUAUUAUUUUGUUGAAGCAAUCAUAAUUAAAAGCUCAAACAAUUGAUUUACAUAAAAUUUGCACCAGUCAAUAAUUUAUUUUAUUUCCAAUAUAAUCUUGGUAAAAACGAUAUUACAAGAAAGAUUUUUUAAUGGUGUACAGUUAAACCAUAAAAAAUCAUUUUUUUAUUUAAAUAUUGCUAUUAACCCUUUAAUGACGAGACACUUUUUACGGACUGAAAAUCAACAAUAAAAA